UCACCUCUAGCUGUGUAAUUUCGCCAAAUUGUAAUUUACUUGAUAAAAUGGCAAAUACCGCUAAAUAUUUUGCUCUUUUGGAAAGUUUAAGGUUUGAUAGAGCUCUUGCAACUAGCAAGGAAAAUACCUCUGCGUCGCCGGCUUCUCUACAAAACAACUUACUUUUAUUACAAAAAUAUGAGAAAAAAGAGCUAUCUGAGCAACUGCAUCAAUUAUGCUUGGCUUAUCAGUUAACAACCGAACAGGAAUCCAGUAUAGAUCCCGAAAAAUCACCCACUGUAGCCUACAUGGUCCGCCUGCAACACGUGCUCCAUGUGAUUACAAAAAACAUCAAUUUCCACAGCGAUGCCAAGGAGGACCUUAUAUCCGUGGCUCACCUGAAGCUCUGCAUCCAGGCCACGCAGGAGUUGGCCUACUACAGCCUUCGCUGCCAGCUGCACGAGGAUUUCUAUAAGUCGCCCAUCUUCCAGGAAGCCCAGGGAAAACUAAAGACUAAUCCUAGCCUGCUGCUCCUGGGCAUUCAGUUCUUUGUGGAUCUUCUACAAAUCCGACAGUUUCACUUGGCCAACUCCAUGGAGCAGGUGCAAAGGGAUCUCCUGGCGGGCAUAAUGACUCUGCGAGUCCUUGAGGAUUCCCCAAAGUUGGAAGCGGCCAUCUCAUAUCUUUGGGAGAAGGAAAUAAAGGCUGACUUCUUCCGGCACAUCUUGCUCUUGAAGGCCACACCGCUGUGCAAGCCCUUGGCCGAAGCACUGCACCAACAGUUGCUGGGUAAGCUAAACUCUCCUCAAGGAUUCGCUAGUCUAGUGGAGGCACUGCAGCAAACGCCGAAUGUGAGUCCAACGAGAAAUGCAGAAAUAGUGGCCGGCAUUGUGGCCAGGAAGGGAUUCUCCCAGCAAACGCAGAGCAGGAUGAUAGUGCAGGUGUGGGAGUACUGUAGGUUCUACCUCCAGGAUCCGGAUAAAUUGUGUGUCGGUGUUUUGUCCCUAAGGAGAUUCUACGAUUUGAAUGAAAGGAAUCAGCGGCAGAUUGAAGAGAUAAUAAGGAAACACUGGGAGGCGCUUAUCAACCCAGAGGAUGUGAUUAGUGGGUUGAUUCUUAUGGAGAACCAGGAGCUCUGUAACCGCAUUCUCAUUUGGCAGCAUCUGUUUUGUUCCUCCAGUGUGGCCUGCUUACCCAGCAAACUCCUCAUUCCCUAUCUGCCAUUGCUGUUGCAGUUAUACGAUGGUUUGUCCUUGGAUUGUCCAGCCGCCAGCCAGCUUUCAGCGCUGAUAACCCGCUGUUUGGACAACAGGGAAAGGGAAAAGGAGUUGCCAGAGAUUCUGCUAAGAUUAUUCAAGUGGGAAAUGGAGGUGGAAUCACACCUUUGGCACACCCUUCACCCUCGCAUACUCAUCUUACCCAGCCAGGAUUCUCUUCAAGUUCAGGUCAAGGUAGCCCAUCAGGAUCAUCAAGUGGCUCACGAUAUGGGCAGGAUAUUACCCGGCUUACUGCUGUCCAGUUCCCACCAUUCCCUCACCUGCAAGGUGUUCCUGGCUCUCUUAAGAUUCAUGGGUAACCAGUUAAGUGAGGAGGAUAAAGGAGAUGUGGAUUUGCUAUCACAGGAAACGGAACUCAAGGACUUUCUCCACUCAAAAUACCAACUAAAGCUGGAUCUGCUCAUAGCUCUCAACCAAAUGGUGGCCCAUCAGCCUCUAAGAACCCAUUUGGCAACGCAGACCCAGGAGUUGUUGGUCAUCCUCCAGGACUUAAUGCAGUCCAAAUGUGGUUACAAUGAACACAUCCUGCUCAUAAUCCUCAAUCUCUUGGAAGAGCUCUUUGAAGGCAGUGAGGAGGUGCGUCUCUCGGCAGGAACUAAAGAGUUGCAGGAACAAUUAAGGGAAUUGUCUCGGAACUCGUAUAAUCCAGAAAUCCGGAACUCUGCCCAAGGCGUGUUGUCCAAAAUUCAAGCAUCCUGGCGGCCCACAAAGGCUCUUCAAACUAAGCACUUUCAAGAAGCUAGAACUAUGAUUGAACAAAACCAACACCACCUGCAGGCUUAUGGCAUACAGUUACUCAUAGAUCUCCUGCAGAAAAAGGACCCUGUUACCCUCUCCCAAAGUCACACGGUCAUAGCCUUGGCCCUGACCACUCUCAAGAGCAAGGAGUCCUAUGUUUUCCUCAAUUGCGUUCGCCUUUUUGUGCAAUUGGUUCAUGUGAUGGAGGCCGAAGUGUUGGACAAGCUCAGCGAUGAGUUUCUGUCGGAUACAGCCUCGUUGGACCAUCGCCUGGUUGUGGGUGAAGCCAUCCUUAAGGUGGCCCAGGAGCUGGGUCCUCUUUGCUAUCGCUACAAGGCAGUGCUACUCAACUGCUUUAUGCAUGGCUCCCGGUCUCCCGUUGAUGAGUUUCGCAUGUCUGCUUUUGCCAAUCUUGCCCAGCUGUGCCGUUUGUUGGCCUACCAAGUUCAGAACUUCUUCCAGGAGUUGCUCCAUCUGGUUAAUAGCGAGUUGACUAGCGGAGGCUAUGUUCCCUCUAAGCGGGCAGCUGUCUUGGUUCUCGCUGAGCUCCUAAAUGGCAUGGAGAAUUUGCUGGACUACCAGGAGAUGUUGCUGCCCAUUUAUCGGCUUUUGAGAGCAAUAGAAGCGGAGGAGUCCUGCGAUCCACAAAUGCGUCAGCAUGCGGCAAAUGGCCUGAAAAUAUUGAACGAGAAGUGCAGACAACUGAUUCAGACGAGCCUGGAGGAGCAACAGUCGCUGGAAAAGCAGAUCAAGGUCCUGGGCAUCAAGGAUGAGGCUACCAUCAAGAGGAAAAGUUGCCAUAUUCUUGAAUUGAAUUAAGGGAUUAAAAAAGAUAGUUAAAGUUAAAGUAUUUGAUAAGUUAAAUGUGAUAUUUUAUACAAAAAAUGUUAAAUAAA